AUGGUUUUGGAAGCUUUACGUAAUUUAUUAAUGAUGAAUCCGGGUGUUGAACUUUUAUUAAUUGGACAAUUUAAAACAAUUUUUGGAUUUUUACGUUUACAUUCUCUUGAUUUAAUUCAAUUAAAAACUUUACAAAUUAUUUCUAUUGCUGCAAGUAAUAAAGAAUGUGUUAGUGAUGUUGCUUCUUGUGAAAUUAUUUUGCGUACAUUAAUUGCUCUAGUAGCAAAUCAACAAGUUGUUAAAGAUUUACUUGAUUAUGGCGGUCUAGUCUAUAUCUUGGCUAUUUUUGCUGAAUGUACUUCAAUAAAUGUUAAUGAAAAUAAACUGGACGAAAAUGCUUCACCUCCAACAGGAAUAACUAGUGCCAGUAGAAUGCUUGCAGCUGAAUUAUUUGCUAAGCUUCAAUCUGACAAAUUAACUGGUCCAAGAUGGACACGCUUACUUUCUCGAUUUUUACCAACAAUAUUUGCUGAUACAUUGAGAGAUAAUCCUGGAACAGCAAUUCAAAUGUUUGAUAGUAUCACAGAAAAUCCAGAAUUAAUAUGGAAUGAUUCAAUGCGUAAUGAUAUAAGACAAACACUUGGAAAUAUACUUGUUACAUUAGUGCCUUCACAACAAAAAGAUCCUAAUGUAAAAUGGAAUAUGAAUUCUGUAUUUGGUGAAGGCCAUUGUGCAUAUGAAUCUGUUAUAAGUGGAGAAAUUAUUGUUGGAGGUGUUUUCCUUCGACUUUUUAUUGGAAAUCCGUCUUGGGCGGUUCGUCAUCCAAGACAAUUUGCCACAGAAUUGGUUGAACGUUUACUAGAAAUUUGGCAAUCAUCAUCAACAACAACGAAACAAACUAAAAAUUUAGUGGAACAGCAAAGAUGGAAAAGUCAAUUAGAUCAAGUUACUAAAGCUUUAGUUUUACUUGCAGCACAUCAUCCAACAACUGUUGAUAUGAUUCCUGCUCAAGGUUAUUUACCACAAUUGUGUCAAUCUAUGCAAAUGGUUAAUAAUGAUGAAGUUGCUAAUUCUGCAAUUGUUGUAUUAAAUCAAAUUAGUGAAAAUUCGAAUUGUGCUUCAGUUUUGUGUACAAUCCCCUCUCUAAUAAAAGGAUUUUUAACUUGUAUAAGAAGACAACCCGAAAUGGCUCGACAAUGGUCCCAUGCUUUAAAACAACUUUCCAAUCAUUGUACACACGAAUUUGCUGAGCAAAUAUUACUUUCUGGAAUGAUUGAUUUUUUGCUUCAUUCUUUAGCUAGUUCAAUGCCAGGUGUAAAUAAUCCAGCUGCGGCAAAAGCUGAAAUUGCCGAUGCUCUAAAAAAUUGUUGUCGUGAUACUCAAUUUGGUGAACGUAUUUCCCAAGUUUUGCAAAAAUCGCCAAUUUGGGCACAUUAUAAAGAUCAGAGACAUGACCUCUUUUUACCUACGAUUACACAAACACAGGCUAUUACAGGAGGUCCAAGUGGUUCAGAAUCUAUUGCUGGAUAUUUAACUGAAGGAAUGUUUGAACCUCCCCCAGCCCGAAUACCUCCUCCUCCUCCACCAACGUCACAACAAUCUGCAAAUUCUAAUAAUAAAUUUAAAUAA